AUGGACUCUCUAAUUCGGUAUUGCUCCGAAGAAGUAGCAUUAGAUGGGAGCUCCGGCUGUGAUAUAGAACGAAUCGUGCAAAACUUGGACGAAGACUACAAGGCGUUUAUCUGGCCAUUACUACUACAGGAGAAUGGGAUUGAGCUUUGGAUCCAAGAUGACGAUUUAACCAAAAGGCGGCAUCAAUUAGUAGAUUCUAUUCCUUGGAACUAUCUAGAGAUUAGUCCCUUAUUGCGAACCAAGUUGUGGUUGUUCGCUUCAGAAGAUCGCCAAUGGAUUACACUUACCUACAAAACAAAAGCAGAUUCUAAAAUUCAACCACUUGCCUUUGAACUAUUGUCUUGUAUUUCACGCUAUCGCCAGGAGGGUAUAGAUCGCAUUCAGCUAUGCAAAGAGACCAAACAAGAACCUAGAAGUGUAUUCGGCAGGAUACAGGCUCUUGAAGAUGCGUCUUUAAUUUCAAAGAUUUCUAUUAGUCGCUCCAAGGCACAAACUGCCUUGUUGGUUUUAAAGCGUUUUGAGUCUGAGAAUAGAACCAUGAAUGAAUCUGUUGCGCAAGUUUCUGGAGGCCACAUUUACAAUACCGACAAAAUUCGGCACCAAAUAUGCUCAGUGGUUCAGGAAUUUAAAAAUGGAAUUUGUCGCCAUGUGGAUGCCCGAACGAAGGUAGGUUUAAACCGAAAUAAAUGGGAACGAAGGUACUUUUCUCGACAAACUAGUUAUUUGCACAACAAUGGCUAUAUUCGAAAAUGCCUUACUUUUCUCCCUAGCGCCCCAGACCGUUAUAUUCGCUGCUUGCAAUUUUUAAAGCCUUUUCCUAUGCCCACUUCUGAGAACUCCAACCAGGACAUGGACCUUUCAGAAGCAGAUGAUAAUGCGGAAGAGGAAGAAUUGGAAGAUGAAGAAUCUCAGUUCCCCAUAAAAGAAGAGUUUGAUUCUUCUUUUCUUCAACCCCUUGAAGACGAAACAUCGAUGGUACCUCAAUGGUCUCGAUUUAACCCGUUGGAAUUCCAAUGCUAUGUCGUUGUCAGGGAUUCCGGUUUGGAUGGUUUGAUUACUUUGAGGAUCCUUCAGAAGCUAACUGGACUUAAAUUUAAUAAACCAUUGUUUAAAGUAUUGGGUUCUCUUGUUGAGAACAAUUCUUCCGUCCCUGAUUACCUAUCUCACUUAGUCCUUACUAGGAUUGAAGACAAAACAAAUAAAUCAAGACAGUACCGCUACUUUACCUUAGAAAACCAAAUCCAAAGAUUACUGCGAGACGGUUUAUCCGUUGAAGAAAUUGCCAGAAUAACCCUUAAUGCUCAACCUACUGCUGGCGAAUUUCCUCCCUUUAACCCAUCUCUUUUCGUAAAUAUUAAUAACCUUUCUCCAGAUAAUGAUUCCGCUAUAUAUUCACCAGAUGGUAUGACAGUUUUACCCAAGAAGAGAGGUCGUCCAAGGAAGGGCACACCGAAGAAUGUUUCUUCCAAAUCCUCUCCCGUCAAACAAGAAGAUUCUUUUUCUAUUUCUAUUUCCUCUCCAAUGGUUCCUGAAGGUCAAACCGACUUAUCCUCUUCUCAAAAUACUCCUUUGGUCCAACAAUCAAUAAUAUUUAACUCUGAUGCAAGAUUGAUAAAUGCGGAAGAUUGCGUUGAUGUCGAUGUCACUUCUGCUCUUGGUUCAAGACCUAGUGAUCUUGAGUCUUUAUUUAAUUUACCUGUUAAAGAUCAGAAACAACAGGCUACAUCAAAGGAAACCCUUCCUCUUCCAAAAACGGAAACAUCUGCACUGGAUAUUCCAUUUAGUCCUUUUAAUACCAGCAAUAUCGACUUGAACUUACCUCAAGUAUUGCCUACUUCUUCAGAGAUUUCUAUUUCAGAGGGUUCUUCGGCGCCUGCUUCUAAACGUCCUCGGCAUGUCGUGGAUUUUGUCACAUUACAAAGGAAGUCCCUAGUUCUCACCUAUUUAGAGGAGCAACGUGGAGCCUUUGAAAUCUCAAAAAGGAUGUACGAAGACUUGGCAGAUUUAAAGGUACGACGAGAUCCCAAUUCUGCUAGAACCGUAAUGGAUCGCAGGACAUUACGCCAAACGCUUGAUAAAUUGCUGCAUGAAAAAAAAGUACGUAAAGUUGUUCUGGCUUUUGAAAAUGGUUUUGGUAAAUUAGUAAGGAAGGACAUCAUAGCAGACUAUAAUAUGAAGCCCGAAGAUCCUCGACUUCAUGAAAUCAAGCAUCAGAUGAUGAGCGACGAACCCGAAUUUCGUAAUGACAAAGAAAUAUUAAGAGGGGUCGAAAUUGAUAUCCCUGAAAAGCCCAGAAGUAGGAGACGGAGACAAAUCCUACCUAUGGAAGACGUAAAAGCCCGUAGAGAAACUCGAGCCCUUGAAAGGAACCUAAAGAAACAAAAAGAAAAAGAAGAUCCAAUGCAAUUGGCACAACAGCUUCUUGAAUCGUUGGCACCUACAUUGAGUCAACCUGGUAUCACAGAUGAAGAAAAUAUAAUGGAGUUAGAACCGCUCAGUAAUCCCUCCAAUAAAUUAAGAAAGGACCGCUAUGCACCUGUACCCGAGUUGGAUUACUAUCCUAACCCUACGCAUGCUAGUAAGCGAUCCGUAAAACGAUUUAAAAGCGACUUUACUGCUGAAGAGGAUGAUAUAUUAAUAAGAGCAGUAGUCAUUAUUCAAGUACAAUAUGGAGGCGUGCACCGCAAUAUAAAAUGGGAAGCUGUUCAAAAAUGUUUGCCAAGCCGUGACAUUACCUCCUUAAGUCGAAGAUAUAUUUCUAUCCGACAACACACAAAAUAUAAAAGCCUUCAGAAAUUCCUUUUAGCUAAUUGGACGCGAAUGUAUCAGGAUGCUGUGGCUCGUGGGGAUCUGGAACCCUACCCAGAAAAUGCUGAUGAUUUUGACCCGAUGCCCUCCGUUAAGGCAUCUUACCGCCCUUAUAUUAUAAGCUCUUCAGAUAUUUCUUCGUCAAAUUUCCCUACUAGUAUUGAAGAACUUUACGAAGAUUAUAACGUUGAAACAGUGAAAGAAGGAAAGGACCCUAAAGACCUACUGUUUGAUUCUUCUCUUUCUGCAAUGGCAAGAAUGAAUAUUUUUUCGGAUAUACCAUUCAUUAAGCCUUUGCACGAAGAAAAUAUAGAAGGAGAAACAGCAGAAAAGGAAGUUGAUCCAACUAAGCUUGAAGCCAAAUCUACUAUUAAAAGUAUUUUAGCAAUUCCUGAUUCAGACUACGACUCCCAGUUUGCUCAAUCGCGACUACUGAAAUUUCCUGAGAAAGUCUUGCUUACCGCUCAUAAUGAACUGAUGCAAAAAGAAAUAGUAGCACGAGUGCACUCAGAAACAAACCGAGUGCAACCAGGAAGAAAUUAUCACUUUACAGAUAAAUUUGCUAACUCUUUAAAAUCUUCACUCCCUCCAUUCUUGUUGCUUCAAGCUUCCAAAUUUUACUCCUUUUUGGCUGAAGGUUUCCGGGAAGGAAAAAGUCAUAUGAUACAAGAAGCUUGCAAUAGCGGUACGAUGGCCUGUAUUUUGGAUUUGUUUUGCCGUGAAAAGGUCGAAACUUCGAUAAUCAACAGUAAGUUCAACGAGUAUGGCUUAGCUGAAGGAUAUCGAACUCGUCUUUUAGAACAUGAAAACAUAAAAAUGGAAUUAAUACUUAGCAAAAAAAGUGAAGAGUCUAUAGAACCUAUUGAUUCUUCAAAAUUGGUACAUCCACCCAGAAACGAACCUCGGUUAUGGCUCAAUGGUAAAGAAGGAGUUAUCGAUCAGAUUUGGUUGGAAAUUAAACAUGCCAUCAUUUACCAACUGCUUAGAAGGCCAGGAAUACAUCGACAGGAGCUCGGAAGAUUGUUAAGUCCUGGUUUGGAUCAUAUUGAGUUACGAGAAGUAUUAGAGUACUUUUUGAUAGCUGAUGCCGCUGUUGAAAAGGAUGGUCUUUUCUUGAAUCCAGGAUUUUAUCAUAAACUAUUGUAG